AUGGGAUUGCUGGGACUGUUCAAAGGUAAGAAGGAUUCUGUGAAUGCUGAAGCUACAAAAGACAUUGGUGAAGUGGUAGAGAUCUGCGAUGAGUCCUCAUGUGGUGGAGAGUGCAACGGGGAUGAAGAUGCUGAGUUGGAAAAGGGCGAAAGGGCAUUUGGAAAAUUAAAGAUUGACCAUGAGACUCCGUUGUAUGGAUCAUCGAGGGCUCCGAGGAUUCAUUUCGUUGUGCCUACUUCGCAGACUGAUUGGGAGCAUGAUGCAUGCUUGGAAGACAAGAAGACUGUGCAAUAUGGGAUAUAUAAGUGGUGCGAGAACCAUAGUGAUGAAGGAAAGUCGUUAACAUGUGCUGUAUCAUCGCUGGCGAAGGAUAUCAUGGACAUUGAAGUGAUGCGUGGUACUAAGAACAACGUCUUGGUAUUGCCACACUUUAUUUGGAUUAACGAUUUAAAAAGCGACAAAGUUGAUGAAACUUUGAGUGAUCUGGUUCCCAAACUGUUGGACAAGAAGCAAGAUAGAAGCAAAUUGUUGAAUGAAUACUCGAAUUUGUCGGAUGCUGGUGAAAAAGCGUUUGUUCUCCUCUGUUCGCAUGCUACAAGGGACAAGAGAUGCGGUAUAGUGGCACCUUAUUUGAAGAAAUCAUUCGAUCUACGUUUGCAAAAAUCGAACCUCUAUCGAGAUAUAUCUGACCGCACAGCCGGUGGUGUUAACGUGGUCUUUGUGAAUCAUGUCGGUGGUCAUAAAUUCGCUGCCAACGUUCAAGUUUUCCUUAGAGAUCCAAAUGUUCUCAUCUGGUUGGGUCGCGUCACACCCAACAACGUUCCAUAUAUAGUCAAUGGGAUGAUUAUACCUCACCAACCUAAGUUGCCAUGGCCUGAGAAAGUCAGAUGCAUUCAAAAGUAUCAAUCUUGGUGA